UCCUGUUCACAGAGCCGCAGCAGAGUCCAGACCUCGGGAUAACGGGCUGCGUGAAUCUGCACCAUCUGUCUGUCUCUGAAACCUGACAACUGAAACCAGCAGCAGGCAUCCUGCGAUGUACCACAAGUGACAGCGUCGGGAUCUGUGCCACCCGUUUGUCUCCCGGAUCAGUUUGGCCAAGGCGAACAAGUGUUUUCUGAGGACCGUGUAGAAGACUGGAUGUGGUUGUAACUAUGGUUACGUCAGGGUUGGGGGCGUGGGCCCUCUCCCCCUGUGGCCUUGUGCUGGUCAUCUGUUCAUCUGUGUGUCUGUCCCAGCAGCCUCACAUCAAACCAGCAGACUGUAGCAGAAAGGAACAUCCUGUUGUCUCCUACCAAGCGUUGAGGCCAUGGGUGUCAGAGUUCUCCCAUCCAGGAGUGAAGGAUUUCUCCCAGCUGGCCCUGGACCUGAGCAGAAAACAGCUCGUUGUGGGGGCAAGAAACUUCCUCUUCAGACUGAGUUUGAGCAACGCCUCGCUCAUACAGGCGACAGACUGGGCCCCAGAUGAAGAAACAAAGCGCUCAUGUCAAAGCAAGGGGAAGUCUGAGGAGGAGUGUCAGAACUACAUCCGGGUUUUGUUGAUAAGCGGGAGGAGGCUCUUCACGUGCGGGACCAAUGCUUUCACCCCCGUCUGCAUAACCAGGCAGGUUGAUAACAUCAGUCAGGUGUUGGACACAGUGAACGGUGUCGCCCGAUGUCCCUAUGACCCUCGGCACAACUCCACCGCCAUGGUAACGGAGAGGGGAGAGCUGUAUGCCGCCACGGUGAUCGACUUCUCCGGACGCGACCCCGUCAUCUACAGGAGCCUGGGGAACAUGCCGCCCCUGCGCACCGCCCAGUACAACUCCAAAUGGCUCAACGAGCCUCAUUUCGUGUCUGUUUAUGAGAUCGGCCGGUUUGCCUACUUCUUCCUGAGAGAAACUGCAGUGGAAAACGACUGUGGGAAGAUGGUGUUCUCUCGUGUAGCGCGGGUCUGUAAGAACGACAUGGGCGGACGCUUCCUUCUGGAGGACACGUGGACCACCUUCAUGAAGGCCCGACUCAACUGCUCACGCUCAGGAGAAAUCCCCUUUUACUACAACGAGCUGCAGAGCACCUUUUACCUACCAGAGCAGGACCUGAUCUAUGGCAUCUUCACCACUAAUGUGAACAGUAUAUCAGCUUCUGCUGUCUGUGCCUUCAAUCUGAGCUCCAUCACCCAGGCCUUCAAUGGACCCUUUCGCUACCAGGAGAACCCCCGCACUGCCUGGCUCUCCACCCCGAACCCCAUACCCAAUUUUCAGUGUGGCACACUGGAGGAGGGAGGCCCCGGGGGGAACCUGACAGAGCGCAGCCUCCAGGACGCCCAGCGACUCUUCCUCAUGAAUGAUGUGGUCCAGCCAGUCACCGUCAACCCUCUGCUCACCCAGGACAACCUGCGCUUCUCCAAGUUGGUCGUGGACAUCGUGCAGGGCCGAGACACCCUCUACCAUGUCAUGUACAUCGGCACUGAAUACGGCACCAUCCUGAAAGCUCUCUCAACAACCAAUAAAAGCCUUCACGGCUGCUACCUGGAAGAGCUCAGGAUCCUCCCAGAAGGGCAAAUCGGACCAAUCAAGAGCCUGCAAAUCCUGCACAGUGACAGAUCUUUGUUUGUUGGGCUUGAUGAUAGACUGGUAAAGAUCCCCCUAGAGCGCUGCUCCAGCUACCCUACUGAACGUCACUGCAUGGAAGCUCGGGACCCGUACUGUGGCUGGGAUCACAAACAGAAGCGCUGCACCACCAUCGAGGAGAGCUCCAACAUGAACCAGUGGACCCAAAACGUCACUGAGUGCCCAGUGAGGAACCUGACACAGGAUGGCGGGUUUGGUCCUUGGGCGCCAUGGCAACCUUGUAACCAUGAUGACGGCGAGGGCUCUGUCAGCAGCUGUGUGUGUCGGUCCCGCUCGUGCGACGGACCUGUGGCCCGAUGUGGUGGGGUCGGAUGUAAGGGCUCAACUAUCCAGGUGGCAAACUGUUCCAGGAAUGGCGGCUGGACUCCCUGGUCUUCAUGGGGCCAGUGCAGCAGCAGCUGCGGUAUCGGAUUUGAAGUGCGGCAGCGGUCCUGCAACAACCCUUCGCCACGCCACGGUGGUCGAAUCUGUGUUGGCCAGGGUCGAGAGGAGAGGCUGUGCAAUGAAAAGAAGCCCUGUCCUCUGCCAGUGUUGUGGACGGCGUGGGGUCCCUGGGCUCACUGCAGUGCUGAAUGUGGAGGGGGCGUCCACUCCAGGACCAGAGUUUGUGAGAAUGGCAACAGCUGUCCUGGAUGUUCCACGGAGUAUAAGGCCUGUAACCUGGAGGCCUGCCCUGAGGUUCGCCGCAACACCCCCUGGACCCCCUGGAUGCCGGUCAACGUUAGUCAAGAUGGGUCAAGGCAAGAGCAGAGAUUCAGGUACACCUGCCGGGCGCUGCUCCCCGACCCCCAGCAGCUCCAGCUGGGCAAGAAGAAGGCGGAGACCCGGUUCUGCCCCAAUGACGGGUCUGGAGCCUGCCAGACUGACUCUCUGGUUGAAGACUUGGUGAAGACUAGUGGGCGAACUCUGUCCCAGCCCCAAGGUGUGCGCUGGGGACUGUGGGAAACAUGGUCCAGCUGUUCUCAGCAGUGUUCCAGAGGCUUCCGAACCCGGAAACGUAGCUGCUCGUCAGCCGAGGGCAGGACCAACCCCAGCGCCUGUGUGGGAUCCCCAGUGGAGUAUCAGGACUGCAACAUUACACCCUGCCCAGUAAGUGGAGCCUGGUCUUGCUGGUCAUCCUGGUCCCAGUGCUCGGCCAGCUGUGGGGGCGGACACUACCAGCGGACUCGGACGUGCAGUAAUCCACCCCCUGCUAGUGGAGGAGACAUCUGUAUAGGCCUGCACACUGAAGAGGCACUCUGUAAUACUCAUGUCUGUGAAGGUUGGGGUGAAUGGACAGAGUGGGGAGACUGUGACGAGGAGGGUCUGCAGCAUCGCACUCGUCACUGUGGCGAAGACCAAGAGGCUGAGGCCAGUCUCUGCCAGGGCAACCUCACCCAGUCUAGGCCAUGCCAGCCUCAUGAGGUGCCAGUUAUUUUACCCGGACAGGAGGACCAGAGCUGUGGAACCUUUACUUUGUUCCAGUUGGUAGCAGUGGGCUCGGCCAGCUUCUUUGCUGCAGCGUUACUGUCGGCACUCGCCUACUCCUACUGCCACCACCUGAACCGACCGUCGCCAGAGUCAGCAGUCAUCCACCCCAGCACGCCCAACCACCUCACCUACAACAAGCAGGGCAACGCCACGCCAAAGAAUGAGAAGUACAUCCCCAUGGAGUUUAAGACACUAAACAAGAACAAUCUCCACGUGAAUGACGAGACGUGCAACCACUUCCCUUCCCCGCUGCCCUCCAGCAAUAUAUUCACCACCACCUACUACCCUACCAGCCUGAGCAAGUACGACUUCCACCCAGACUCCCCCUGCAGGACCUACAUGCACAGCUGAGAGGCGGUCGGGCUCUGAAAACAACCCAAACACCACCCUGAAGUGUUUCUUCAUUCAAAAAGAUUUUGAUAGAUGAUCCUGUUGGUCAAGAUAGUCUUAAAGUAAAGACCAAAACCAUUCUAAUGUUCCAGUCCAAUCUGUAGAUCUGUUCAUCUUAAAGGCUCUGUUCACCCAAAUUUAUCACACAGAGAGUUUUGGCUUUGUUUGCCCACGUUUUCAAGGUGCUGACAGAAACUAAAACAACAUUAAGCAACAGUUUUUCGUUUACUCUAGAUAACCCACAGACCUCAAUGCGAACAUUUUAACAGGAACUAUUUCUUCACUAAAACGUUGAUCGUGUAGCAACUCAGUGUAACAUUAUUGGAUCUUAAUUGUACGAAACUGUUUUACAUCAUGCAAAGUUAUAGCAUCAUGUGCAGUUUUUCAUUAAUGAGUUGCUACAGCAUGCCAAGAAAUUUGCGGUGUAGAGCGUACAGCACUGGCUUGUGAAAUUUCAGUGAAGAAUUGCAGCCAUCUCCCCUGGAGGUGUGUAUGCGCCGUAUCCAACCAAUUAUACAUACAUGCUAUUGUUUUCUUGUACUCGCAGACUUUGUUGCAUUGCACUGACCCUUUAGCUGGUGCUGUGGAGCAAAUGUUUGUUAGCCAUCACAUAGAGUUUGGUCAUGUUUGCCUUCCGUUCAAUACAGUACAAUUUUUUCCCUCCCGAUACCUGAACUUUGCCUAUUGGCCGAUAAGAGUACCGAUCUGAUACAUGUGCGGUAAAAAAAAUAUACAUGUGCUUUAUGUUUUUAAUGAGCAUAUACUACUAAGCCUGUAUAAUUGCUAUCAUUGUUGCAUGGCUUGGCUCAGGAUAAACCAUUUGUCAGAAUCAGAGUAGUCAUGGUUUUGCUAUAAAAAAAAGUGAACGGGACACUGCAGGCUCCUGUUUUGAGGCUGCAUACUCACAGAUCCCUGAUGCCGCAUUUUAGGCAGUACCGAAGGAAUUUCUGAUACUGGUAUUGGUAUCAGAACAACUCUAAAAUCCAAACAUUCAGUGAACAGACUGUACGUAGUCAAUGAGAGCGAUGCUGCAGUUCGUAUUCUGGUAGUAUUCUAAAGAAGAAGCGAUGGCCUACAAUAUAUAUUUAUCAGUUUUACGGGCUUGAAUAUUCUUAGAUAUUUGUGCACCUUGAGUACCUUGGAUUUUUUUCAAAUGCCUGUAUUUUCACAACACUUGCAAAGUCUCCAGUGAAAGCUGCAGGCCUGUUGUUUUCUCCCAUUCUUCAAAAUACGGUUGCUUCUUACGUUUGAGGCAGAAGAAGAAGCAACCAAUGCAAGAGAUAUGCAGCAGCCUUUACCCUUCCAAGAAAGAAGCAUGUUUUCACUCACUCUCUGAAUGAAACCAGUACCUACCUACAGUAUUGGUGGGGUCCCCUUCCUCUUACUUCACCCACCCUAAGGUGCUCCAUUUGUGCUCAGGGCAGUAUGGAAGCAGGGUGGGACCCAGAACUCCAGGGCUUCAAUUAGACUUCAGACAUUUUAUGUACCUGGAUUUCCACUGGACUGAUCUCGUCGACUGGUUGUUGUUUUUGUCCUUUCCUCAUUUUCGGCAGGUGGGUUCAGAGGACUCUGUAAUAAUGUGAACUGUUUGGCUCAGACACUUAAGUGUGUGUUGCCAUCAGUAAAGACUGAUGACUGUGAGGUGUCAUCCUUCACUGUGUGGAAAUGGAGUGAAGAAAUGAACAGAGAAUUGCUUUAAUUUUCAUGUUUAGCAGAGUCCACGUCAGAAAACAACACUGAAGAGGACAUUCUUGCCACACCUCGAUUUGUACUGUACAUUGUAAAAAUGUUUGUUGACUUUUUUGUCAGCAGAUUUUAUGAAUUAUUUUAGUGGUGUUCAUAGAUGUCGCUGUUUGUGUCUGUAUUUGCUGAGGCAAAAUUAUUUGAUUUUGUAAUCAUGUGGGGCAUUUUCUUGGUCAGUCACACUCCUCUUUUCCGAAUGUUUAUGCAUUAAAGCUGCAGUAGGUAAGUUUUAUAAAAAUAACUUUUUGUCAGAUUUGUUGAAACUUUCACUAUAUCCUGACAGUAGUACACGAGAUAGAUGAUCUGUGGAAGAAAUCAGGUUCCUCUGGCAAUUCUUAGAGCUUUUAAUAGCAUUUGCAAGAAUCCACCGCGUCUGAAUAAAAACAACCAAUCAGAGCCAAGAAAGAGAGUUGAUUGUUGAGUUUCAUUCCCAGUUCAUCAGAUACAGACACUUAAAUGAGACUCAACUAUCCUCAAGCCACCCACCCAGAAUGUCAGUUUAUGACCACCUGGGCACUAUCUUUCUAUGUAGGGUCGGUGGAUUCUUGCAAAAACCAUUAGGAGCAGUAAGAGGGGCCAGAAGAACCUGAUUAUUUCACAUAUUAUUUGUCUCAUGUACUACUGCCAGGAUAUAGUUAUAAGUUUCAGCAAAUAUGACAAAACGUUAUUUAUAUAAAACUUACCAACUGCAGCUUUAAUGUUCAAAAAUCACCAAAUCUAAUACAGCUGUAACCGUAUAUAUUUCAGAGCCUCUCACCAGAACAUAAACACACCAUAAAUCAGCCGCAGGCUUUUUAAAUCCACACUUUUCAACUGCAGACCCAUACAACGACAAGGUAACCCAGAAAUGUGUAUUACUGUGAUGGAUGAACUUGCUCAUGCAGGUUUCAAGUCUCUACAUUUUGUUUUUAUAGGGUACUGAAAUGAAUGGAAAACAAUGGCUGCCCAAAAGCAGGAAAAACAUCUAUAAGACUUUUUUUGCAUGUAGAAAAUGUUUUGCAGCAGUGUAAUAAGUUAUAACUUUGAGUUUUGUUUUUGAAAAAUAUGCUGAACACUAGUUUUGCCAAUUAAGAAAAACAAGGCGACUAUAACUGAGUUUUGUCUUACAUUUCUGAAUACAAGUAAACAGUGAGCAAAUCUGAAGAGAACAAAAGACUAAUAUUUGGCGUUUUACACUCCUCAGUGUCUGCAUGCAUUUCAUCCAGGUGCUCCAGUUUCCUUCCACAGUCCAAAAACGUGUAGAUGAACUAGAUACCCGAUAUUGUCUAUAGAUGUGAAUGGGAGUAUGAAUGGCUGUCUGUGUUGUGUAUGAGGUAUGCACGCUCAGAGUGGGUAGCAUUACAGUGCUCUUUCUGUUGCUCGUGAUGAUGUUGACAUUAUACUUACAAUAGUGUUACAGGCUCCCUGUGAUAUACAAAUUUGGUAAUGUCUUGUUUUAGGGGUCUGUAAUUUUAGAAUCAUUUCCAAGAAAUAUUCUGGAAAAAACAAAGAAAUUUGGUUCAAAUUAUAGAGAAAAAAGGAAUGGCUUUCACUUCAUUCAUUCAUUUUUCCCUUAUAGGAACCGUAAUGGAACUGUAACCGUAAUGUAUUCUCUAUAUAUGUUGAAUAUGCUUACCUGUAGAAAUAUGUUGUGACAUUUAUCUUGUAUGCUUUUAGCAUGUUCAGCUGACUCCUGAGGUUAUGCAACAAUUCAUUGGGACCAAUUGAACACCAUUUCUAUUUUCCCUAUAAUUAGUACCAAAUUACUUUCUUUACAGGAAACCUCUUGGAAAUUAUUCUGAAAUUCCACAAUUGUAAAAUAAAACAUUUUUACAAGUCCUACUGCUGAAAGUAGUAGGCUAUUAAAGCCUCUCUGUGUAGGAUUUGAUGAAAGACUGCACGCCCUACCAUUAAAGGACCAGUGUGUGUUGGAUUUGGUGGCAUCUAUCAGUGAGAUUGCAGAUAGCAAGUCCCUCACUUCACCCUCCCCUUCCAAGCGCAAAGCAGAAGCUAUGGUAGCUGCGAAAAAUGCUAAUGGCCCUAUCUAGAGCUAGUGUUUGGUUUAUCCAUUCUGGGCAACUGUAGAAACAUGGUCCAGUGUGUAAAUGUUAAACACUGGACCUUCAAAGAUUGCCUAUGGAGGCUUUCAUGUUUCUAUAGUAGCCCAGAAUGGACAAACCAAACUCUGGCUCUAUAGGGCCUUUUGCAUUUUUUACGCGUUUCGCGGCUACUGCAGUUUCUCCUACACACCAGAAUGGGAGGGUGAGGCGAGGAGGUUGUAAUCUGCAACUACAGACUGGUCCUUUAAGAAUCCGACCAAAUUUUAGUGGGAUUGCCUUAUUUAUGUACACUGUCACCAUAAUAUAAAGGAUUCGAUGAUCACAAAAAUCUACACAUAGAGGCUUUAAAGACAGUAUUGUUAAUAUUUAAGUUACUCCGUGCUGUAAAAUGUAUAUUGCAUAUCUUGUGUUUCUAAAUUGUAAAUACCAUAAAUGAAUUCAGGUGUUUUCUCACAUUUCGCAGUGUUAUGUAGCAUGAAACAAACAGCCCUGAUGAUACGUGUUCACGUUUGGGUGCUUGCGUACGAGCGACUGCAUGCACUAACACUCUUACAUGAAUAUACAGUACAUGUUUGUGUAAACUGUACAAAUAUGUUUGUCUGAUUUUGGCCCGGACAGUGGAAAUAUUCGUUUUCAAGGGGGAAGCCUCACUUUUUCUUUCACAGCACGCGUUGUUUUGUAUUUAAAGGCCUCGACAGCCUUCUUCACAGUGAAGUCUGAAACAACAUUCCACAUGGGAUACAGUAACUUCACAGUUCACCAAUUGAUCCCUAAAUGGACACUUCUGCUGAAUAUUAUUGACGUGAUUUGACUUAACACUGCCUUUUGGACACUGUGAACUUUUGGUACUCUAUAUUUUUGUAUAAUGUACACUGUAAAAAAAAAAAAAAAAAAGAAUAAAUCAAUUUUGGUGCCAGUA